AUGUGGAGAACUGUGUGCGCGAUCUGCCUGUUCGUUGUGAUUCUAAAUCCGCUGGCGGAGACGAGAAACAUUCGCCGGCGUUUCUCUCGCCAACUUCAGCUGGGUGACUACCUCAGUUACGAUGGAGUGAUGCAGUAUCUGGAUCAGUUGGCAGUAACCUAUAGUGAUCGGGUGACCAUUAAGGAUGUGGGCCGAACCUACGAGAAUCGAGCCCUGAAAGUCGCCAUGAUAACGAACGGAGAUCAACGACCUGGAAAGAGGGUGAUAUUUGUGGAUGCCGCCCUGCACUCCCGCGAGUGGAUGACCCCCGCCGUCGCUUUGUAUGCAAUAAAUAAACUGGUAGUGGAAUUCGCAGAGAACGCCGAUCUCCUAGCCGAUUACGAUUGGCACAUUAUUCCGCUGGCGAAUCCGGAUGGGUAUGAGUACUCCCGCAGUAAAGAUCGCUAUUGGAGAAACACAAGGACCCCAAAUGGCGGCGACUGUUUUGGCACAAAUCUCAACCGGAACUUUGAAGUCGGAUGGGGAGUGGGUUUUCCGGAGCUAAAGCAUCCCUGUGAUGACAAUUACGCGGGUAGUUCUCCAUUCUCAGAGGUGGAGGCACGAACAGUGCGCGACAUAAUGCAUAAUCUGGUGGAAAGUAAGCGGGCUGUCAUGUAUCUCUCUCUGCACACGGCAAAUCGUUCUGUUUUCUAUCCCUGGGUUUAUGAUACAUCGCCAGUGCCCAAUCAUGAGGAACACGAUGAGAUCGCCAGGUUCGCAGCCGAUAGGAUAUUCCUUAGUACGGGGACUGUUAUAAAGCCCCGUCAGGCGGCUCAAUAUGCCGGAGCAUUUGGGGGCACCAGCAUGGAUUAUGCAUACCACGUGGGCUUCCCUCUGUCCUUUGUUUUCGAGAUGUCGGGAACUGGCCAAGAUCAUGUGGAAUACAAGUUUUUCCCGCCACCCAGGGAAAUUCGCCACCUGGCUGAAGAGUCGUGGACGGGAAUACGAGCGAUUGCCGAGAAGACCAUUGAGAAAUAUCCGCCCUCCAGACCGAUACAUCAAUUGCAGAAGCCAAUACUUUCUAAAAAUGGAGCUUCACGAAGUUGGGGCUUAAAUUCCGCAGUUGGAACAGUUACAAUGCUUUUUAUAUAUUUUACCAAUAAUAUUUUAAGCUGAAGACCUAAUAGAAUUUUUUUUAUUAGGUACUAAAGGUGUAGUAGGUAUAUAGUAUAGUACGUAAAAGUAUACAUUUGUAAAUAAACAAAUAAUUU